AUGUCAAAUAUUAUUACUGAACAGAGUAUUAGCAAGGACGAAACAUUCUCCACGGGGGAAAAAUUGAGCAAGAUUCAACAUCAAACAAAGCUAGCUGUUGAUGAAUUUUCAUUGGAUACCAAGACACCACAAGCAGCUACUUAUGAUCCAGCAAAAGUUGGUACUCAGGAUACUUUAGUUGAAAAGGACCCGUUACUGGAUGCACCUCCAUCUAAACAACAACAACAACAACAACAACAACAACAACAAGGCAAUUGUGCAAGCAAUUGCGCUGCGGAGGACACGAAAUCUGAGGACAGUAACUCAAAGAUAUUGCCCAAUAAUGAUGCUAAACCUCAAGGCGAAAAAUGCCAACACAUUGCAGGUCAAUCAAUUAGUUCGCGCAUCAAAAAUGUCGAUGAGGUUGAUAUAAAGCAGGCCAAAAAGAAGGUUCAAGGCUUGAACUUGAAUACUAAGGAGCAACCUUCUUUAAAAAAUACAUCAAUGGCUUCGCAUUGCUAUCACAGUGGAGGUAGUGCUUGCAGUCAGCACUCUGAUGCUUCUUCUUGUUCCCCUGAAUCUAGAAAAAUCAUGAGAUUAAACCGCAAGGUUCUACUUGCAUCUAUCAAGUCUUGGCUUUAUCCUAGUGACUUUAUACAGGGUAGAAUACACCCAGAUACAAUAAAAAGCACUGACUCGGAGGAGUUGGGAUCCACCUUGUCCCUGGAUGAGUUUUUAACACAAUUGCCCAAUAUCCCCGUUCAAUACCGUCCGAAGGAAAUUAAUGGAUUUGGAAUCCUUUCUCAAUCACAAAGCUUACCCGUCAGAAUUAAGAAGCAGUUUGAAUUGCUAUUGACCACCGCUGUUCAGCAAGAGUUGGAAUUUUGCAAGUACAUGGAAAUCUUGCAUGAACGUUCGAAAAACCAGGAUAUAAGAAACUUGUUCCUUUUACAAUUUGAUAAAAUGCACGCGACAUUGCCUUUUACAAACGAUUAUUUGGCACUAAACGAUGAAGUUAAUGAAGAGAUGUUGUUGCAAUUGAAAGUAUUGUUUGGAGAUAUUUUCAAUAACAACUAUACUGUAUGGAUUGUGAAUAAGUUUGAGUAUAAUGGAUUCAGUAGGAAAUUUAGGAAAGUAAUUGCAGAUGUCUUGAGAACAGAAUAUCAGUUUGACAUUAGUUAUAGAAGAGAAUCUUUUUACAGACAAGUUAUUGCUGCUAGCUUGAUUCAAUGGAGAAGACAUAUACCUUUUGCCGAUUGA